AUGCGGACCACACUUGUCGUACACUACACGGACAGGACAACACUAGCCCGUUGGCGAGCGGCAAAAGAAACCGAAACAGGAAAACAGGAACGCCGACCGUACCUUGCGUCCGAGUGUCGGGAUUUGGGACAGUGCGAAAAGUGGCGUUUAGAAAUCAUUCGAGAAAUAUCGAAAAAAGUAGCACAAAUUCAAAAUGCCGGUUUGGGUGAGUUCCGUAUUCGUGAUUUGAACGAUGAAAUUAACAAGCUGCUUCGCGAGAAACGCCACUGGGAGAAUCAAAUAUCCGAUCUCGGUGGACCACACUACCGGCGUUAUGGGCCGCGGAUGUUCGAUGCAGAAGGCCGUGAAGUGCCCGGAAACCGGGGAUACAAAUACUUCGGCGCGGCUAAGGAUCUCCCUGGGGUGCGUGAGCUGUUUGAACAGGAACCUCCGCCACCACCGAAGAAAACUCGUGCCGAGUUGAUGAAAGACAUCGAUGCUGAUUACUACGGUUAUCGGGAUGAUGAUGAUGGCAUCCUGCUACCGUUGGAAGAAAAAGCGGAAAAGCUAGCGAUUCAGCGUGCGGUAGAAGAGUGGAACAGUGCGAAAGGUACCCAACAGUCAACGGAAAAGGAUGACGAUGAACCGGAUAUUUAUGGGUCGGAUGCGUACAUUAACCGCGAUCCGGAAAAGCAAACCAAGGAAGAUCCGAUGGGAUUGCUUGGUCCACGUUUUACAGCGCACGUACCCGUUCCGAGCCAAAAGGACAUUGAAGCUGCACUGUUGAAAAAGCGAAAACAAGAACUAAUGAAAAAGUAUGGCAUAGAGGACGAUGAAUAAAGGUAGCGUAUUUGCAUGGGAAAAAAA